CCCAGAAGGUCAAGCCCUGCUGUUAUCGUCAGCGGCUAAAAAAAAAAUCAAUGAUGUGGUAAAAAGUCCUGUGGCUGCACACAGUUAAAGCUGUUGAAAUUGUUUAAAUAAGCAAACGUUAACAUUUCCGCCGUAAAAUCAAUACAGCUACGCUUUGGCACCUGACGCCAGGGCACUGGGCACCUCACAUCCUGUUAAGUAGGCUUUUGCGUAACCAAGCCAAACACGUACAUAGUUUCUAUUUUGGUGAAGAGAAAAAAAAAAGGCAACACGAAAAUUCCAAAAAAAAAAAAACACAGUGAGUUUCAGAAGUAAACAUAUUUGAAUGCCAAAAUGUCGUCGUCGUCGUCAGCAUCACAUCCAUAUGGACUGACAGCGAAUGAUAUUGCUACUGAGUAUCGGCCGUACGGCGGAUCGGCCGGCAUUGUGGCCAGCAAUUCAAUGUCAAGCACCGGACAGCAGCAACUGAGGCGACAACAGCAGGAUCUGCAGGAGCGUGAGGAUGCGCUUGAAUAUUUCAUCAAGUUUCCAAAACCGACGGCCGAUAAUGAUUUCGUGCUGGUCAGCGGCAAUGAGGAGCAUAAUAAUGUGCCAAUCGUAAUGCUAUUGGGCUGGGCGGGCUGCCAGGAUCGAUAUUUGAUGAAAUAUUCAAAGAUCUACGAGGAGAGGGGCCUGAUAACCGUACGCUAUACGGCGCCUGUGGAUACGCUGUUCUGGAAGCGCAGCGAAAUGGUUCCGAUUGGAGAAAAGAUCUUAAAACUGAUACAGGACAUGAACUUUGAUGCGCAUCCGUUGAUUUUUCACAUAUUCUCCAAUGGCGGCGCCUAUCUCUAUCAGCACAUCAAUCUGGCCGUCAGAAAGCACAAGUCCCCAUUGCAGGUGCGCGGUGUCAUCUUUGAUUCGGCGCCAGGCGAACGUCGCAUGCUCGGCUUGUAUCGUGCCAUAACAGCAAUUUAUGGAAAAGAGAAGCGAUGCAAUUGCCUCACAGCUUUGGCCAUAACCCUGACACUGAGCAUCAUGUGGUUUGUCGAGGAAACUUAUUCAGCCUUUAAGAAUUUGUUUGUCAAGUCAACGCCAUUGCAUGCCAGUCCAUUUUGUGAGCUGAAGAACGAGACAAACAAAUAUCCGCAACUGUUUCUAUAUUCAAAAAGCGAUGUGGUCAUACCGUACAAGGAUGUGGAGAAGUUUAUACGGAUGCGGCGUGAUCAGGGCAUCAAUGUGUCGUCUGUUUGUUUUGAGGAUGCCGAGCAUGUUAAGAUCUAUACCAAGUAUCCUGCACAAUAUGUGCAGAGUGUGUGUAGUUUUAUUCGCAACUGUAUGUCCAUACCGUCCUAUCAGUUGGCUGGCGAAAUAACCGACUCCGAGUCUGCCGAGCAACUGCAAUUGGAACAACAACAACAACAGCUGCAACUGCAACUGCAACAACAACAACAACAGCAGCAGCAGCCAGGCGGCAAUUUGAAAUAUGAUUAAAUUUUGGUUUCGAUUUAAACGCUAAGGGCGCUCGCUAGGACGGCAGGAUAACGCAUCAAACGUAUGUGAUAGGCAGCACAACUACUAUAACUACUAACUAUUUGCAAAAUAUUCGAAGAAAUGCAAAAAAAAAAUUUUAAACGUAAUUAUUGACAAAUUGAAUGCAGGCGAACGCAUGGCGCCCGCUGCCGCUUUAAUGUAGAAACGAAUUUAAGAGUUACUCAAUCUAAACGUGCAUUCUUAUAUUUUUCUCCCCUUUGCAAAAAUGCACAAGAAACGCAAAUAAACAAAUUAAUAAUCAUCAA